AUGUCGAGGGCUUAUGCUCCCCUCCCCAAUCCACGGUCGGACAGAGAUGCACACGAGGAGAUGGAAGCGGCCUUCGACCAUUCAGACGACGAAGACGAUGUGGACGCCUCGGAGUCUCAGCCAUUGAAUCCUCAACCAACGUCUCCCACAGCGGUGGGCUCGUCGCAUGAGAACCCUCGUUUCCCCACUCCAGAAACUUACAAUAAUGGCACCACUUCUCGACCACCAGGCACAUAUGAUUUUGAGAACGUGGACUACGACUACCCUCCACCGGGAUCGCCGCCUCUGCCUUCUGCCUACGCUCGUCCGAAUGAAAUUGGAAACUCGAAUGGUCAGAUACCCGAUUUCGAGCUUGACGCCUCACGCCGGCCCAGAGGAGGUUGGCUGAAGCGUACGAUUGCUGCGGCUCUGCCAGCGUCUGUGUCUCAGCGAGUGGGCUUGGCGCCUCGGUCACCGGCUGGAGUCGUUGGUGGAGGCCUCAACAACGAUGGCGUCUUUGCCAACGUCACGGCCAAGCCAGCAGCGCCGAGAGCAGAGGGUGAUGAAUUCACAUCUGCAGAAGAUUCAAGAUCAGAAGCCCCCCCCUCAUAUGCAUCAGCCCAAGCUGAUGCUGUCCCACCGUACUGGGAAACCACUGUGCAUGCGCCGUUUGCUCCAGAUUCCCUUGGGGAGAUGAUCAUCGAUAACCUACCCACUGGGUCCCUAUUCUCCUUCCUCUGGAACAUGCUCGUCUCCAUAUCAUUCCAGUUUGUCGGCUUCCUAUUGACGUACCUACUCCAUACCACACAUGCCGCAAGGUUAGGCUCACGAGCUGGCUUGGGAGUCACGCUUAUUCAGUACGGGCUUGCGUUGAGGGGCAGGGUGGAGAACGGAUUCUCUGGUGAGGAUGCCUGGACAGGCUGGGAUGGAACAGCCGCUCCCAGUCCUAGUGGAGAGUACAAUUACCCUCCUGGCGGUGGUAUGAUGGGUUCUGGGAACGCUACCGAUGUACCAGUCCCCACGUUGACGGAAGAAGAGCAGGCGGCGGCGCUGAUGGCCAAUGCCACCACAGAGUGGUUGUCGUUUUUCUUGAUGACAGUUGGUUGGUUCAUCCUCCUAACGUCUCUGCUUGGCUUCCUUCGGGUCAAACGCUGGGAGCGCGGCAUUCUCAACUCUCAACAGAACACCAGUACGACCCCGGCUGAACCUACUACCUUCCGCUUCCCCCUGUUCCCCCAAGUGGAGCGGAACUUUGGCUUCAGCGGUUUCGAGCGCAUGGAUCUACUUCGUCGAGGCCUCGGCUUGGGCUCGCGUCAACAACCCAAUGACAUCGAUGAAGAAUCCGAAGUCCUCGCUGCAAACCAGACCCGAGGAACGGAAGAAGGGAGUAAUGAUGUCCCGAGGAACCCGAGGCACGGAGAAGACGGAGGUCGUGACGACGACGACGACGACGCGACGGAGCUGGAUAUGAUGAUCCCUCUUGAUAGUAACAGAGUGAUCACAGUACGAGAGGCCAUCGAGCGUGAUCGCAGGCUGCAAGCAGAUCUGCGGGAAGCUGGAUUAAUAUAA